GUCGUGACGAUAAUCUAAAAAUGUACGUGUGUUAAAUAAAGUAACAAAAGUUGAAAAGUUGACUGUACUUUUUGCUAUUAUGUUACUCUGACAAACUAUAGCAUUAUUAUUAUAUAGCAUUGGAAUUUCUACAAAUUUGGCAUACAUCAACAGCAUGGACAUCAACUGCAUCCGAAUCACAGAUAUGUUAUCUUCCCCAGGCCAUGGAACUUGACGUUGAAAUGUUACCAAAAACUUCGUGGUAUUCCGGACUGCAUACAGAUGAUAUUACAGCGUCUAUGCUCUCCUGUAUCAGAUUAAAUAAUUUUACAUGCACAGCAUCUGGGUUUGGGCUUGUUUCAAAGGAGCAUGGUGUAAGAUAUGUAGAAUUUGAAUUUCAUUUUGAAUAUGACGGAGAUGGGAUUUAUCAUCCAAGGAAAUCAGACGCAGAAUAUAUUCACGCAGAGCAUGAAAAAGAAAUGAACGGACUUGAUAAGGAAGUCGUCGUGGAUAUGGACAACUUUCUAAUCAAUGGAAAAGCUGUUUUUCUGACUGACUACAAAAAUUAUUUAGCAAUUCUGCAAUGCCCACGCGACGGAUCAGUUGACAAAGAGUAUCGUUUGAUUCGUGGAUUUUUUCCGAGUUCAAAUCCAGAUUUGUCACAGGUUGCAGUGUUCAUCAAUGCUCUUCAUGAAAUGGGCAUAUCUGCCAAGUUUUAUGCCUCCACAUGUUCCGAAACAGACUGGAGUCAUGAGAAAUAACGAAUAAAUUGAUUAGAAAUAUGUCAUAUAUUAGUCCAAAAAGGUUAAUAAUAUUCAGGCCGAGAUAAAAAUAUUUUACUCAGAAAAUCACGUAUCCCUGAAAUGGUAAAUACGGCGUUGAUAUGACGUAUAAAAUACAAUAAAUUGACUCGUCUAUGUGAAGAAUUUGUUACCUGGUAGUUUUGACGACAUGGUUGCUAUAUGGUUGAAGUACACGAUAUGUCUGAACUCAGGUUGUGUACCAGGUUAGGGUUCAGGUUAUGCGACAUCUUGGUGCGCAUACUUCAGGAGUACCCGUCUAACAUCUAAACAACAAAAAACAGAAACGGCGACCCCAUUACUGCUUGUUCCAGAAUAUAACCGGUAAUAACUGAAAGUUGUUUAU